AUGAGCGUCGUGUGGCCCAAGAAGGCGUGGAGCAUCGAGGAAGAGCUCCUAAAGAAGAAGACCAAGAGCUCCGAGGACAAGUACCAGAGCCUCCUGACCGAGUACCACGACCUGCGCGUCUCGAACGCCAAGACCGUCGCCAAGCUGCGCGAGCUCGAGCGCUACAAGGAGAUCUCGGACGACAUCGUGGCCAGCUCCAGCUCGUCGCGGCGUCUCGAUGAGAAGGAGCGCAUUGAGCUCUCGUCGUCGUUGCGCCAGUACCGCGAAAAGCUAGAAGAGGCGGUGGAGCAGAUUUGCUUUCUCGAAAAGGAAAACAAACGUCUCAAAGCGGAGCUCACGACGACCAAGCUCGAUGCAUCGUCGUCGAACCUCUUGCUCAAGAACCUUGACGACUCCAAGUUCAAGCUCUCGACCAACGAAAGCCGCCUUCAAAUGAUGCGCAUUGAGAUUCUCGAGCUCAAGAACCGCAAAGCCGACCUCUUCUCGCAGGUCCAGGACCUCAAGGCACGUCUCACAACGGCCGAGACGAUCGCGGAGAAGAAGUCGGACGAGUGCAAGCGCCUCACCCUCAAGCUCGAGUCGGUCGAGACAGCGUGGGACUCGACGCGAAGCCAAAACUCGCGCAUCCAAAAGAAAUUCGAUCGGUGGCCGAAGUCGCCGACCUCAACCGAGCUCAGUGAGAAAACCAAGGUGCGGUCGCUCGAGCUCGAGAAGGAGAAUGAAACCCUCCACUACAAGCUCCGGACGCGCGAACGCACGCUGGAGGAGCUUCGUUCGGACAAUACGGACCUCAAAAGCGAAGUCGCGAUGCUCAAGAAGGACAUUAUCGACCUCCAAACGCUCAACAAGGACCUUCGCCGGCUCACGAGCGAGCACAACAAACAGGAAAAGGACUGUGAGCACACGCUGAGUAUGAACGACACAGAGAUCAAGUGCCUACGCGAAAUGAACGCGUCGUCGUCCAAGCACAUUGAAGACUUGGUCUCAGAGAACGCACGCUUGCAGCACCAGCUCCUCGACGUCCACGGCGACUACCUCAAGAAGGUCCAGAGCGACGCGUCCUGGAAACGCGAAGAGAAAGAAAAACUACGGCGCGAAGUCGAGGAAGAGAUUGACGUGCUCAAGAAACCCCGCGUCUGCAAGAAUUGCCACGAGACCUUUACGCUCGAGAAGAACACGGCGCAGAGCUGCGUGUACCAUCCCGGCCGGUACCUCCCGCGCCAGUACCCGCUGGAAGGCUACUCGUGGUCGUGCUGCGCGAAACGCGACAUUUCGUCGCGCCCGUGCAAGUUUUCCGGUCGCCACGUCGAGCGCGAAGUGCUUUAA